UCGCACACACGAACUUUUCCCACCGAUGAUCGUCGUCGUCGCCAAGAUUUUCCGCAAAGCCGCAGUUACUUUUCAACCGUCGAAAUAGAAACGUGAACUAGAAACCACGUCUAGGCGUUCGAAGCUAGUGCGACUAGAGAACAGAACAAAAAAUUAGAAUCCAAUAAAAGUCUGAAGUGAUGGCCAAGAAAGGGAAAGCUAAAGGUGGACCAGUGAAAGCGGAAGCAUCUACUGAAGAGGCUCCAGCAGUGCAGGCUACACCGGUCGAACCUGUCGCCAAGCCAGAAGAAGAAGAACUAGCAAAAGUUGCCGACAAACCAGUCGACCCUACCAAAGCCCCCAAUGUUAUUCCAGUUUCGGCGAAGGAAACUCCUAAGCAAGCGGAAGUAAUUAAGAAACCAGCCUCUCCUAAGCAGAAACAGAAACAAAUUCCUGCCAAGCCGACCGAACUCAAACCUAAAGAUCCUAAGCCAUCUGCGCCAUCACAGAAUGGGACAGCUGGUGAAACCACCACGGCUGGCGAAGGAACCGCAAGUGAAGCCGAGGGUACUGGAACCCAGAGAAAACGACGCAACCGUAGACAUCGUAAGAAAAAGCCUGUCGCAGAAACUGCUGAAGGUGAGCAGACAUCGAAUGUCGAGCAAAAGCCCAAGAAGGAACACAAGAAAAAGCGUGAAAAGCGACUGCGCGCCUUAGCAUUGGCUGAAUCAUCUGCUACAGCACAGAUCGCUGCCGUCGAAGGUGCUCUCGCUGGUAAUGCCCCCAAGAGUGCCAACAGCGUAGAAGUUUUGCAGAAAAAAAUAGAAAUAGCCGAAAAGGUUCUGCAACAAGUGCAACAACAAACCCAAGAUGAGCAAAAGAAGAUCGACAGUCUGAAACCAGAAUCCCCGAAGCAACAGAACAAGAAUAAGCAACAAACGCGCAAUAAAAAAGAUUCGGAUUCCCAAAAGCAAGCCCAAGCCGAGGUAAAGAAAGCUACCGAAGAAAGAGAUAGGAUAAAGAAUGAAGCCCGAAAACUAGUCGAAGAAAAGGUCAAGAAACAACAGGAAUUGCAGAAACUGCACGCCGAAAAAGUACAGAAAGAGCAAGAAGCGAAACAAUUGCUCGACGAAAAAGAUAGAAAAGUAGCAGAAGCAGCAAAGCUGUUACAGCAACAGGCCCGCGUCGUUGCCGUCGAACAGAAAAUGAAUGAGUUGGAAGAGAAGAAAGCCGGAUCAACGGCACAGCCUCAGCAACAGCAAAGAACACACAAGGACUCCGAAAAACAAAAGAAACCAGCAAAGAGCGAAGAUAACUUAAAAAAGGCCGACGCUGAUAAAAAGCCUGGUGAUGAUAAAGCGACUGAUAAUAAGAUUGCUGCUGAGAAGAAAAUAGCUGUUGAGAAAGCAGCAUCCGAGAAAAAGAUUGCGGCUGAGAAAGCCGCCGCUGAGAAAAAGGCAAGUGUAGAACAAGUAGCCGCUGAAAAGGCAGCUGCAGAAAAGGCUGCCGCAGACAAAAAGGCCGCGACUGAGAAGGCUGCCGCUGAAAAAGCUGCUGCUGAAAAAGCUGCGGCUGAAAAAAAGGCUGCUGAGAAAGCUGCGGCUGAAAAAAAGGCUGCCGCUGAAAAGGCUGCAGCAGAAAAGGCUGUCGCUGAGAAAGCGGCAGCACAGAAAGCGGCUGCUGAGAAGGCCGCCGCAGAAAAAAAGGCUGCCGCUGAAAAAGCUGCAGCUGAAAAGGUGGCGGCUGAAAAGGCCGCAGCGCAAAAGGCAGCUGCUGAAAAAGCCGCAGCCGAGAAAGCUGCCGCUGAGAAGGCAGCGUCUGAAAAAGCUGCAGCACAAAAAGCAGCCGCUGAGAAGGCUGCUGCUGAAAAGGCCGCCGCUGAGAAAGCUGCUGCUGAAAAAGUCGCCGCUGAGAAGGCUGCUGCUGCUGCAAAAGCCGUAGCACAAAAGGCAGCGGCUGAAAAAGCCGCAGCCGAGAAAGCUGCCGCUGAGAAGGCAGCGUCUGAAAAGGCCGCAGCACAAAAGGCUGCCGCUGAGAAGGCUGCUGCUGAGAAAGCUGCUGCUGAAAAGGUCGCCGCUGAGAAGGCUGCUGCUGCUGCAAAAGCCGUAGCACAAAAGGCAGCUGCUGAAAAGGCUGCAGCUGAGAAAGCUGCUGCUGAAAAGGCUGCAGCUGAGAAAGCUGCUGCUGAAAAGGCCGCAGCUGAGAAGGCUGCCGCUGAAAAGGCUGCUGCUGCAAAGGCUGCGGCUGAGAAGGCUGCUGCUGAAAAGGCUGCUGCUGAAAAGGCCGCAGCUGAAAAGGCUGCUGCUGCAAAGGCUGCGGCUGAGAAGGCUGCUGCUGAUAAGGCCGCAAUUGAAAAGGCGGCUGCUGAGAAGGCUGCUGCUGAAAAAGCCGCAGCUGAAAAGGCUGCUACUGCAAAGGCCGUAGCUGAAAAAGCUGCUGCUGAAAAGGCUGCUGCAGUAAAGGCCGCAACUGAGAAGGCUGCUGCUGAAAAGGCAGCAGCUGAGAAGGCUGCUGCUGAAAAGGCUGCUGCUGAAAAGGCUGCUGCUGAGAAGACCGCGGCAGAGAAAGCUGUUGCUGCUUCAGAGAAGCCUGCUGUAGACAAAGUUGCAUCGGAGAAGACUGCCGCUAAUGUACAUGCUGCUGUGGAAAAAGAUGCCACUGUGAAAAACGUCGUUGAACAGCCUACGGCCGAUAAGGCGACCGCAGAGAAGGCCCUGGCUGAUACUGCAAAUGGCACGAAGAAACAGGAAAAUAAGCAAAAUGAAAAGAAACCGGUUGAUAACAAAACCAAUAAUCAGAAUCAAAAAUGCAACAAGAAAAAUAAAAGAACACCAAAAAGCAGCGUAUCAGAGGAUGAAAAACUAACCGGUCCAAAAAACGUGGAAAGCAGCGAUUUUGUCUCAUCUGUUAAACCCGAGCAGAUUGUAACAAAAUCGCUAGAGACCGCCACCAUCACUGCUGUAGCUGCAGCCUGCCCGGUUGCUGCGGUUAAACCUGACGAAAAAAAAUCUUCCACUCCUGAAAAGACUGCUUCAGCUAAACCAGCACCCGUUGAUCAGAAUAAAAGCACUUCUCCGCCAAAAACCAAUGGAUCACCCGCCAAAACGAAACCUCAACCAGCAGUAGCAGCUCCCGCCAAACAGCAAACACCCGAAAAGACACUGCCUAAAGCUUCCACUCCCACCCCCACUCCUUUAAAGAAAGCACCCUCCCCGCCAAAGACAGUACCAUCCCGAGCAUCCCCCAAACCCAGUACACCACCUACAACUCCGAAGCCUACCAAAAAACCAGAACUCCCUCCAAAGCCUGAAUUUCUGAAGAAGAAGUCUCCAUCUGUAGAGCAGGAUAAAGCACCAUCUACGAAGCCAGUAACUCCACCGUCAACUCCUACAGAAGUGGCGACAUUACCACAGGAGGUAAACAUGAAAUUCAAUGUUGAGAAACAGCUGGCAGCACUGAACGCGACCGCUGCCGCCGCCAAACUGUUGCCGAAGACCCUCCCGGUCGGUACCGAAACAACCGAAGAAGACGAACUGGAGGAAGAUUUCGACGAAGAGGAAGAAUCCAUAGAGUACAAGUUCAUGCCUCGUCCGGUUUUCCUAGCCACCAAUUGCCAGGUUUGUAAAAACCCACUCAGGAACAUUGUCCAAUGUGAAAACUGUUGGAUGAUAUCUUACUGCAAUGAAGAGCAUCGACGAUCCGACUCUGCGAGUCAUAAGGAUCUCUGUGGUGUCAUCGUGGAACUGGCUAGGCGAAGAGGAGGCCAUAUCUACAACAUGGCGCACACACUGUCGGACGAGGAAUACCGAAAUCUACGGGUCUACACGUUGAACCAAGCGGAGCAGAUGCUGAAACGUCCAUUGCAAGCAUUCGAACGCGAAGUUCUCCUCUUUCCGCGGACUUGCUGUUCACCAAGCUGUCGCGAAUGGAGACAAGACCAGCUGAUGGAAUGCAAGGACUGCCGCCAGGUGUCCUUCUGUGCGGCACAUCCCGACCAUCUGCUUCCGUCGCACGGUCAGUGGUGUAGGGCAUUUUUCCUCUUCCAGAAGCUUAUCCUCCGACAGAAGAUUCUCGGCCGCAUUGAACCGGUGCUUCCGGUUCGCAUUGUCGGCAAGUCGUUCCAACUACCACCGAACAUCGAUGAAGUCAUCAAGGUCUUGUACAAGAAUUCAAAUGCACUACGUGACGAUUGUGCCUACGCAACGUUGACACAGAUCGCCACUGCGCCGCUGACGGCCUUGCACGGUUACCUGCAGACCGGUCUACGUCCAACGGAAACCUUCACCAUCCAUUUGGUCGGUGCGGAGUUGCAAUUUGAAGGUGACACCUUGGACAAGUGGGAAGCUUUCUUCCUUCACAUUGUGCCGGAGAUCACCGAACUGCGCGUCGUGUUCGUCGGCCCGGAGCUGAACGUCGAGAAUCUACCGAUUGACAUCAUCAGUCGCAUCAGAAUGUGCCGAAUGUGUCGCUUGAAGUGCCGCGUAGUCAAAUUUGACUUCCAAUGCCGACGGUACUACCACGACUACUACCGGGACAGCUGUUACUCGAAACCGAACCUCAUCUGCUUCUUCAAUCCGGUCCUCCACACCACGGCCGGUUUCAGUGGAUUCGAUACCUGGCCAGCUACUAUCCAGGCAACCUCGGAAGUUAACUGUCCCAUUGUACUAACUUCCUACAGCGCCCUGGACUGCCCGCUGGAUUUGGUUCAGUUCCAAAGGGUAGCGCGACGACCCCUGCAAAUCGUUACCCCACCUCAGCUUAAUCCGUACGGAUCGAAGCGGCCGGAUCGGAACUUCGUAACGGAUGACGUGGCCCCGCUGAUAUUCAAAAACUACCACUACUGUGUGCUUAAAUAGGCAUUUGAUAAUUAAUCGGCGAUUUGGUCCUUUGAAAUGGUCUUCUUCUAACCAAAGAAAUGGAAAGCUGGAAUCUGUCUACGAAAGGUAUGAUUCACACGUGGCACUAACCUUUCUGAACCGAUCUAACAAUAAUUUCCACGUUUUACAAAGCAUUACAAAUUGUCUGUUACAAUCAAUGUCCGAUAAUAAAACAAUCGAUAGAAUAAUA